GAUGGAGUAUCAACUGCCAAACACAUCACCGGCAGAUGGAUACAAUUUCACUCAUACAAAACUCUACAGUGAAGUAUUUCCCUGCCCAAAGUGCGAUAAAUCUUUCACGGACAGAUGGGACCUCACCAAACAUCUGAGCUGUCACAUGGGAGAAAUCUUUGUGUGUGAGUGCGGGAAGUAUUUUAAAGACAAAAGUCAGCUGACGAGACACCUCCCGAUUCACACGGGUGAGAAACCUUUUACAUGUUUAGAGUGUGGGAAAUGUUUCUCCCGUAAAGACACCCUUGUAAAACACAAGCGAACCCACGGGGACACAAAGAACUCUUCAUGUACAGAGUGUGAGAAAUUGUUCCUAAAGAAUCUGGACUUCACACGAAGCAGAACUGAGGGAUCAUUCGCAUGUUCAGAGUGUGGGAAAUGUUUUAGCCAGGAAAGAGACCUUUGUAAACACCAGGGAGGUCACACGGGGGAGCGUCCUUUUUCAUGUUCAGACUGCGGGAUAUGCUUUAAGCAGAAAGCUCACCUCCUCAAUCAUCUCAUGAGAACUCAUAGAGGGAAAUUUCCAUUUUCAUGCUCAAGUUGUGGGAAAUCGUUCAAAACAAAAUCUGAAUUUGAUCUAUACCUGAGAGAUCACAGAGAGAGGUACAUAGUUCCAGAGAGCCUGAAGUGCAGGUGAUGUACCUCAUUCGGGACUAUCUGCAAAUUGCAAGCACCUUUAUCUUUUUUAAUUUAAGCACCCUGGGUUUUCCACAGAUCCUUAUUUUGUCAGGUGGAGUGAGCACUUGGCCCUUACCUUUCACCUCCUCUUUGUGACUGUGUCUCUGCAGCCUCUCCGCCUCCCCUCUCCUGUGUAACUGUGUCUCUGCAGCCUCGCCUCUCCUGUGUAACUGUGUCUCUGCAGCCUAUCCUCUUCCCCACUCUUGUGUGACUGUGUCUCUGCAGCCUCUCCCCCCUCCCCUCUCCUGUGUGACUGCGUCUCUGCAGCCUCUCCUCUUCCCC